AAUAGAAACAAAAUCAUUCCACGAGAAAAAAAUAAUACCGAAGCCAUUAAAAAUCUUGAUAAUGCAGGACAUAAAUGUGAAAUUCCACCUGAUCAAGAUGGCAAAUUUACUCCUGUCGCAGAUAUUCUUUAUUAUAUUAAUAAACGUUCUUCUGGUUUUAUUACACAAGAAUUUUUUUUACAAAUAGCUUGCAAAAAAGGAAUAUCAAUGCACUUAAGGAAAAUCACAAACCAUUCAUUACGCCGUACUGCUAUUCAGAUCCUUACCGAAUUAAAUGUUGCUACCGAUCGUAUAAUGCCUUUUUCAGGACAUCAUACUCUUAAUGGUGUAAUGUCUUACCAAACUUUUAUACCACAAAUAAUGCAUAAUAUGGUGUCUUUAAUUAUUCCAGAUCGCAAUUCUUCUGAAUUCAACAAUAAUGAUAAGAAAGAAGAUCACAAUAAAGAAUAUUCUGGUAAUCAGAAAGAAAGCCACGAUAAAGAUUAUGGUAAUAAGAAAGAAAUUCACGAUGAUGGCAAUAAAAAUGAGGAUGCAAAUAAAAAAAAAAGAAUUCCCUUAGCUCCGUUACCAUCAAAUGUAGAAUCGAAUUCUCAUAAUUCUAGAAAAAAGCGCAAG